UCCGGGCAUUGCAAGGCUUACGAUGCAGGGCCACUCUCUGUUAUUUAGGAAAAGAUAGAACCUUCAGGACCGAAAUCAGGACCUGCCUUAGCACCUGGGAAACAGACUCGCUAUACAAAAAAAAAAAAAAAAAAGAAAGACGGUCGCAAUCAACCAGAACACCCGUAAUAUCACCACCUGACACCUAGGCAUAUAGGCUGCAGUUAUGACACGGUCUAACGAACACGGCAGAAGAAGAAAGAUGUUUCCUCAUCCAUGGAUGUUUCCUCAUCUCUUCAUCCUCCUAAUUUUGAAAGAAAUUCGUCGUUCGGAUGGCAUAUUGAUCUUAAAUCAAUUGCCAUCGGAAAACUCGACCAAAGGCAGUGUUGCUCAUGCAUACGAUGAUUGUUCUGACAGCAAUGGCAGCGAUCACCAUCUGAAUAGAGCUAUUGUGUAUUUCGUGACAGGACUCCAGCCUUCAAACCUCCACGUUGUGUUUGAGGAAAGAACAGACCCCUGUUUACUGGACGCCCUUUGGCGCUCUGGUACGCCCGCACAGGUCGUGGGCGGGCCAAACCUCCUGAAGGCCACUUUUGGGAGGUCGACCUACGCCCUGGCCCAACAAUACGUCCUAAUUGGUGGGAUGUCUUGGAUUACCUCGACAAUAACGAUGGCUAGAGAAAGGUAUAGCGCUGGUAAAAUGAACGCUAUGAAAACGAAAUGGAUAUGGGUCCUCAGCGCGUCAGCAGAAUCCAAAUCUUUCAAAGACCUUUUGUCGGAAGUGACGAAGGUGCUGACGGAGGGAAUGCGAGGAAUACUUCUACGUAUUACACAGGGCAUCGGUGAUAGAAGACAAUUUUAUAGCAGGAAGCAGACAUCGCGCCCCUAGACUUCACGCCCGUCUAUUCCAGAACCUUGGUCGUAGACUUCGGGUUGGUCUACAGCACCGACAAUGUCAUCCUGAUCUCGAAGGCUCCUUCGAUCUUUAUCAAGCCCUUCAUUCUCCUGCAGAUUUUUAGUCCCUUCGUGUGGGCCUGCUGGUUAUUCACGGGCAUCAUAACAGGUGUAAUGAUAACACUCAGCUCGGGAACGGAAGCAGAAUUGCGUUACGAAAAAGGCAGGCAACGGGAAAAUGUAACACUGGGAAAGGUCGCCAAAUAUUGUUGGGCGUCGCUCACGAUCUUCGUGUAUCAAGGUAGUUCCUGGUGGCCUCGAGGCGCCACAAGUCGCCUGUUGAGUGGAGUUCUGAUGCUCAUAGCGAUCGUCUUUGGGUCGGUCUACAGCGGUUCCAUCACUGCGUUCUUGGCAAUACCGUUCAGAUCUCAGCCGGUGAAUUCUCUGGAUGAUCUUGUGGCAACCGAUAUCAAGCCGGCGUUCAGAGAGGGAGCCAGUACUUACAAUUUCUUUGUGGAACAGACGGAAGGAGUCCUAGGGAAAGUGAAGGCUCGUAUGACGUCCUUCACUGCAGCCCAAGUCGCCUCUUGGGAAUUCUUCAGAGACAUCGCUCGGGGCAGAUAUGCUCUAAUAGAUACAUCAAGCUCUGCUUUAGGAAUCAGCGCAGGAUUUGAGAAAGUAGGCCGUUCCUGCCUGUUCCACCCGGCACGCGAACCAGUGAGACUAGACUUGGACGCCUUCGCUUUUCCGAAGAAUAGUCCCGUCAUCUACCAGUUUGAUGAGACAAUGAGAUGGCUUCGAGGUUACGGGAUCAUUCAGUAUAUGAAGAAUCAAUACUACAAGAAAGCCUGUGACGCAGUGGCGUACUCCGAUCAGCCAAAACCUCUCAGCGUUACGCAGGCACAAGGCGCCUUCUACGUCAUAUCAGUGGGCCUGGGAGCCGCGUUAGCCGCCUUCUUGCUGGAGUUUUUUGUUCAUAGGUGCAGUGAUUCAGAAUAAAAUGGCGUCUCUUCAGUGUGACUUAACGGAGGAUGGUUGACUAAACUUACGACGAGGAAUUGUUCAUAUUUUGUUCAGUUAAUAUGUUUUGUUGAGUCUGAAUGAGAGUUUUAGCCUAAUUAACUGAUAUUUUUUUAAUACCGAGUGGAUAAAGAUGUUCUCGUGUUGAGGCCUUGAGAGAGAGAGAGA